CUGAAUGGGGGUGCCUUCUAUCUUUAGGUCCCAUAGCGGGUCAUGUUGGUGAUGGUAACUUCCACUGCUUGAUGGUGGUGGACCCCACUGACCCAGAGGAGCUGCACCAGGUCCACCUGUUCACUGAGAGACUGGCCAGGCGAGCCCUGGCCAUGGGUGGCACAUGUACAGGCGAGCACGGAGUAGGUUUGGGGAAGAGAGCACUACUGUGUGAGGAGAUGGGAUCCAUGGCUAUCCAGGUCAUGCAGGGUCUCAAAGACACCCUUGACCCACAUAAUAUGAUGAAUCCUGGGAAAAUUCUACAGCCAAGAGAACUAUAAACAGUAUUAUUGUUUUAUCUGUAUACUGUUCAUGGCACAAUGAUUUCAUUUUUAGAGCAUAUUGCACAUAGAAGUAUUUCUUGUUAAAACAGAAUUUAACUGACUCAAGUAAACAGCUGAAUAUCACUUGGAAGAUAUUGUUAAUUAAUGUGAGGUGAGAUUAAAUCUGUGAUGAUUUCAUUGGUGUUGGUGUUUCUGUCAUCAGGUGCAUCAUGUGAGCAUGCAUUCUUUUGCAAGGAGAUCUAAGAAUAUGUCAACUAAGAAAAUCCAGAAAUUAUUUAUUUUGAUUGGACUGUGGCAGAAACCUGUGGAAUGAGCAAGCAAUUUGAAGAGUUCAUAUAAUGUUUUGGCUCUGUAUAAUAAUUAAACAGUGGGCAUCAUACUGAAAAAAACUGCAUGACAACUUGUAACAUGAAUCCGCCAAAGGCUCCACCACUUACUCCAUCUCCAUCAGUAUGGUUGCUCCCUUUUUCAUCUCUGCAGCAGCAGCACUUAACUAAACAUUAAGAAUGAAAUAAAAAGAGUUUACACAGCCUCUGAUGUACAAUAAUGUAUCUUGUGUGACUUUAUAAUAUCUCAGAGACACAUGCAUGUGCAUAUACCAUCAUUAAAGAGUUGUUUUUUUUACCUAUCUAAUCUGAUUGAAUUGAAUAACACUGCAUGAUUUAGAAUCAUCUCUAUGUAUUGGUUUCAGGUAAUGAAGGUAAUGAAGUUAAUAAAGGGUAGUUGUGUUCUU